CAACAAUAACACGUGAAUUUCAUCUCACCUCAUCACUUCUCAUAACCCGUGGUUCAUCGUGAGAAUUCCGCUAUAUGUUUAUAUUUACAAUCAUAUAGUUGUGCGUGUAAACUGUCAACCAAUCUCACAGCAUCAUCGUCGUCGUUAUGGCCACGCAGACAGAGGGCACCUUUGAGGUGGACGGCCACAAGCUUCACAGCACAACCUGGACGCCCGAGGGCCCCAUCAAGGCCAAGCUCGUCUUCGUACACGGCUUCAGCGACCACGUGGGACGGUACGACGAGCUCUUCCCCAACCUCGCCGGCCGCGGCAUCCAGGUCUUUAGCUGGGACCAGCGCGGAUGGGGCCGCAGCGCCGCGACCAAGUCCGAUCGGGGCCUCACGGGCCCGACGUCGCGCGUCCUCGCCGACGUGGCCGCCUUUAUCAAAUCCAAGAUCCCGUCGCCCCCUACGGACGCGCCGCUCUUUGUCAUGGGCCACUCCAUGGGCGGCGGUCAGGUCCUCGCGUUAGCUAGCGACCCGCAGUACCACGAUCUCGUCGGCCAGGUGCGCGGCUGGCUCCUCGAGAGCCCCUUUAUCGCCUUCACGCCUGGCGAGGAGCCGAGCUUCCUCAAGGUCUUCUUCGGCAAGCUCGCGAGCAAGGUUCUGCCCAAGCAGCAGCUCGUCAACGAGAUCCCCGCCGAGCACCUCACGCGCGAUAAAGCGGCGCAGAAGAGCAUCCGCGACGACGACCUCAUGCACAACACGGGCACGCUUGAGGGGCUGGCGGGCAUGCUGGAGCGGACGGACCAGCUGGCGCAGAACAAGCUGACGCUGAGCGGCAACGUCAAGAGUCUCUGGCUGGGCCACGGCACCGAGGACAAGACGACGUGCUUCAACGCCAGCAAGAAGUGGUUCGGCGCGCAGACGACGAUCGAGGACGGGCACCACAAGCCGUACGAGGGGGCGUAUCACCAGCUGCACGCGGACCUGUGUAAGGACGAGUUCUUCAAAGAUGUUGGGGAUUGGAUCCUCGAGAGGGCUGGAGAGCCUGCGGCGGCGAAGCCUGAGUCCAAGUUGUAGGAGACUGGACGGGCCCGCGGGAUCUCUGCCUCUGCCUCUCAUCCAUGGAACCGGUAUUUGCGUCUUGACAUGUGGAUUGUGUCAUAUGGCUGUGCUUGGAAAGGUGCAGGUUAUACCUGUCCCUACGCCAGUCUCCAUGCAAUACCAGAGCCGAGAGGAUACCGUUGGCAUGGACGUUGCCGUUAUUUCACAGGAUCAAUGUAUGAGUUCCUUUUAGCAGAAUAGUAAUAUGAUCCAAGUUAUUUGUCUUUUCUA